GGAGCGGCCGCCAUCAUGGCCUCCGCCGCCGCGCACCCGGCCCCCCCGCCCGCCGCCGCCCCGGCCUCCGCCGCCGCGUCCGCCGUUCCGCCGCCGCCCCCCGCCGCCGCCGCCGCCGCCCCGGGCAUCCUGAUCGGCGACCGGCUGUACUCGGAGGUGUCGCUCACCAUCGACCACUCGCUCAUCCCCGAGGAGCGCCUCUCGCCCACCCCGUCCAUGCAGGACGGCCUGGACCUGCAGUGCGAGACCGACCUGCGGAUCCUGGGCUGCGAGCUGAUCCAGGCGGCCGGCAUCCUGCUGCGCCUGCCGCAGGUGGCGAUGGCGACCGGGCAGGUGCUGUUCCACCGCUUCUUCUACUCCAAGUCCUUCGUCAAGCACAGCUUCGAGAUCGUCGCCAUGGCGUGCAUUAACCUCGCGUCUAAAAUCGAAGAGGCGCCUCGGCGGAUAAGGGACGUGAUCAACGUGUUCCACCACUUGAGGCAGCUCAGAGCCAAAAGGACUCCAAGCCCCCUGAUACUUGAUCAGAACUACAUAAACACCAAAAAUCAAGUAAUCAAAGCAGAAAGGAGGGUACUGAAGGAGUUGGGAUUUUGUGUUCAUGUCAAGCAUCCACAUAAGAUCAUUGUUAUGUAUUUACAAGUCUUAGAGUGUGAACGUAACCAAACCCUGGUACAGACAGCCUGGAAUUACAUGAAUGACAGCCUGCGAACAAAUGUGUUUGUUCGCUUUCAGCCAGAGACUAUAGCAUGUGCUUGCAUUUAUCUUGCUGCUCGAGCUCUGCAGAUUCCGCUCCCUACCCGCCCGCACUGGUUCUUGCUCUUUGGCACUACGGAGGAGGAGAUCCAGGAGAUAUGCCUAACGACCCUUAAGCUCUACACCAGAAAGAAGCCCAAUUACGAGUUACUGGAUAAAGAAGUGGAAAAGAGGAAAAUGGCACUACAGGAAGCUAAACUGAAGGCAAAAGGCUUAAAUCCAGAUGGAACUCCAGCACUUUCAACACUGGGUGGCUUUUCUCCUGCAUCUAAACCAUCUUCUCCAAGAGAAGUGAAAACUGAAGAGAAGAGUCCGGUACCUUUGAAUACGAAAACCAUUAAAAAAGAGCCAGAAGAAAGGCAGCAAGCUUCCAAGAGCCCUUACAAUGGCAUGAGAAAAGAAAGCAAGAGAAGUAGGAGCAGCAGAAGUGCGAGUCGGUCCAGGUCAAGAACAAAGUCGCGGUCCCGAUCUCAUACUCCCAGGCGGCACUACAACAACAGGCGGAGUCUGUCUGGGACAUACAGCUCGAGGUCGAGAAGCAGGUCCCGCAGCCACAGCGGCAGCCCCCGCAGGCACCACAACCACGGCUCGCCACACCUGAAGACCAAGCAUGGCAGGGAAGAGCUGAAGAGCGCAAACAGACACGGUCACAAAAGGAAAAAAUCUCGUUCGCGUUCGCAGAGCAAAUCCAGGGAUCACUCUGAUGUUGCCAAGAAACACAGGCACGAGAGGGGGCACCACAGAGACAGGCGCGAGAGGUCCCGCUCCUUCGAGAGAUCCCACAAAGGCAAGCACCACAGCAGCAGCCGCUCAGGGCACAGCAGGCACAGGCGCUGAGGUUUGAGCCUGCACUAGGUUCUAGUGAAGCCUGUACAUAACACAGUGAACGGACUCGUUUGAGAGCAAGGGAAUCGAUUAGGAUUUGAUUAAUUUAAACCCGGUAUCUGAUUUUUUUUUUUUUUUUUUUUUUUUCUAAAACACCUAGGGCGUUUUUCUUUUGGGAAAGAAACUGUUACCAACUUUUGCACAUAAUACCUUAGCAGUAUCGGAUUGAUGGAAAACAACGAUCAGGUUAAAUUGUAUGUAUUAGAGUUGUGUAUUGUUUAUUGAUAUGAGAACUGGAGAAUGGAUUUCUGUACAAAAGCGAAAUGUACCUUAUUUUUAUACAAGUCAAUUGCAGACACUUAUAUUUAAGUAUAGUUAUUUGUUUAAACGAUGGUGGAUACUUUCUUACACUGGUUUUAGUCUGCAUGUGUUCAAAGAUUUUUACAAGAAAUAAAAUAUAAGGCUUUUUCUACUGCCUAUUGGAUGUCAAA